CUCAGCGCCAACGCCAGACAUUUUGGGAAAUUUUGUUUGAGUGGUGAAAAUUUAUGAUUUUAACUUAAUAUAAACCGUUUUCUGAGUAUUUUCCAGUAAAUAAGCUUACCCUCUUGCAGAGGGUUAAAAAAUCUACAAAGAAGGGUCGGAAUUUUUGCGCAAAAAUGCACCGUCGCGGAGGAAAACGCAUCCGGAUGGACGAACCGCCCCCGGAUUUCGACGAACCGAUCGAGCCACCGUACCACAGUGAGCCCCACAACGAGAGUUGGUCUUCCGGCGGAGCCGGAGAGGGUCCAUCGGAGGAACAUCACCCGGAGGAGGGUGGUUCCGCUGUUGCUGUUGCAGCUGGUCCGCAACCGACGGGGGGUGGCCGCGUCGGUCGUAUGACUCGGCUGAGGGCGCGGGGUGGAGUUCCGUUGAAGGCGCCGAUCAUCGACGAGGACGAUGACGAUAUCUUUUUCGGGGCGGGGAGGUUCGAGCAGCGGCAGGAGUUGCAGAAGAAGAGGAAGGCGCCGCGGAAGGCACGCGGGGAGGGAGGCACGCCGAAGGAGCCCAAGGAGAAGCGGGUUUAUCACGAGGCGGAUGAUCGGGUCGUGGUGACGGACCGGGAGAGCACCAUGGACGAGAACAGUUUGUACUACAUUUUGAGGCAUUCCAAGUCGGCGAUUACGGGCAUUGUGGACGAUUGGAUCGAGAGUUACAAGCUGGACAAGGAUUCGGCGCUGAUUGCGUUGAUGAACUUUUUCGUGCACGCGAGCGGUUGCAAAGGGAAGAUUACGGCGGAGAUGCAGCAGACCAUGGAGCACACGGCGAUCAUCCGGAAGAUGACGGAGGAGUUCGAUGAGGACAGCCACGAAUAUCCGCUGAUUAUGCCUGGGCAGCAGUGGAAGAAGUUCAAGAUGAAUUUCUGUGACUUUGUGCAGACGCUGGUGAAGCAGUGCCAGUACUCGAUCAUCUACGACCAGUUCCUGAUGGACAACGUCAUCUCACUGCUGACCGGUCUGUCCGAUUCGCAGGUUCGUGCGUUCCGUCACACGGCCACCCUCGCCGCGAUGAAGCUGAUGACCGCCCUCGUGGACGUUGCGCUGCUCGUGUCGGUCAACUUUGACAACGCCGCCCGCCAGUACGACGCCGAACGGUUGAAGCCCCGUGACAAGCGAGCCCCGGACCGCCUGGAAUCCCUAAUGGCCAAGCGAACCGAGCUGGAGGAGAACAUGGACGAAAUCAAGAACAUGCUCACGUACAUGUUCAAGUCGGUGUUUGUGCACCGCUAUCGGGACACGCUGCCGGAGAUUCGCGCCAUCUGCAUGUCGGAGAUCGGCAUUUGGAUGCAGAAGUUUUCGCAGAACUUCCUGGACGAUUCGUACCUCAAGUACAUCGGCUGGACGCUGCACGACAAGGUCGGUGAGGUGCGGCUGCGCUGUCUGCAGGCGCUGCUGCCGCUGUACGAGAACGAGGAGUUGAAGGGCAAGCUGGAGCUGUUUACGUCCAAGUUUAAGGACCGCAUCGUGGCGAUGACGCUGGACAAGGAGUUCGAGGCGGCCGUGCACGCGGUCAAGCUGGUGAUUAACAUUUUGAAAAUUCACCAGGACAUCCUGACGGACAAGGACUGCGAAAUCGUGUACGAGUUGGUGUACUCGUCGCACCGUGGAGUCGCGCAGGCCGCCGCCGAGUUCCUGAACGUGCGCCUGUUCUGUCUAGACGCCGACGCCCAGGUGACGUACACGAAGCGCGGCAAGAAGCGGCUCGCCAACACCCCGCUGAUCCGGGAUCUGGUGCAGUUCUUCAUCGAGUCGGAACUGCACGAACACGGAGCGUAUUUGGUCGAUUCGUUCAUCGACAGCAACCCCAUGGUCAAGGACUGGGAGUGUAUGACGGAUUUGCUGCUGGAGGAACCAGGGCCGGCGGAAGAAACCCUGGACAACAAGCAGGAAUCGACGCUGAUCGAGAUUAUGGUUAGUGCGGUGCGGCAGGCUGCCACGGGGGAACCUCCGGUGGGGCGGGGAAGCAGCCGGAAGAUGACGCUGAGCGCCAAGGAGAUUAAACAGGUCCAGGACGAUAAGCAGAAGCUCACGGAGCACUUUAUCCAGACGUUGCCACUGCUGCUGAACAAGUACAGUGCCGAUAGUGAGAAGCUGACGAAUCUGCUAGCGAUUCCGCAGUACUUUGACCUGGAAUUGUACACGACGACCAGGCAGGAGGCGAACCUGCAGGCGCUGCUGGACAAAAUGACGCACAUCAUGUCGAUCCACGUUGAUCGCGAAGUGCUGGAGACUUGCUCGAAGACAUUUGAGUUUCUAUGCACAGAGGGAAGCGCCAUCUACACCCGGUGCGACGUGGCCAGAUCAAACGUAAUCGACGAGUGCGUCAACCGCUACAAGGAAGCCAUCGACGACUAUCGAAACCUAAUCGCUGGCGAAGAAACCCCCAACGAAGACGAAAUCUACAACGUCAACAUCAGCCUCAAAAAGGUCUCGAUCCUCUACUCGUGCCACAAUCUGAACCCGUGGAACCUGUUCGACUCGCUAUACCAGGACAUCGAAGAGAGCCUUUCCGAAAACGCCGGCGACAACGGAAUCCCGCACGAAGCCCUCGUCUACUGCAUCGAGGCGUGCUUCUUCUCCAUCAACUGGGGCCUCUACUUCCUCGAAAACACCAUGGACCGAUCGGCGGCAGCCGAAGUUGACGAACUGUCCACCAACCUCAACAAAUACCUCAACGCGUGCAACGAGCUGAUGCACUACGAGGUCGCCCCCACCGUCCAGGAAGCGGCCUACAUGUCCAUCUGCGACCUGGUGGUGGUGUUCAGCGAUCAGCUCGCAACCCACCAGAACGAAAGCAUUCGCAAGUUGGUGUUUGUGCCGAGUGCGGAGCAGCAGGGCUUGCUGAACGAGUUUGUGCAGGCGAACGUGUUCUCGACCGAGCAGGAGGAAGGUCACGACGAGACGCGCAUCGAGGAGCUGCACAAGAGGAGGAACUUUUUGGCCGCGUAUUGUAAACUGAUUGUGUACAACAUUCUGCCGAUGAAGUCGGCUGCGGAUAUUUUUAAGCACUAUUUGAGGUGCUACAACGAGUACGGCGACAUCAUCAAAACAACGCUCGGCAAGACGCGCGAAAUCAACAAGGUCAACUGCGCCAUGACCAUGUGUCUCAGCCUGAUCAACAUCUUCAAGGACAUCCAGGACGCGUCGCCGGGCGGUCGCGUCUCGCGCAACUCGCAAGAAUUCGCCGACCUCAAAGAACUGGCCAAGCGAUUCGCGCUCUCGUUCGGACUGGACGCGGUCAAGAACCGGGAAGCGAUUACGGUGUUCCACCGGGCCGGGAUUCUGUUCGCGGUGACCGUUCCCGCCGACGGGUACGAAGAUCCGUCCGCUCCGCCGCCCUGCAUUGCCUUCCUGGAAGCGCUGGCCGAGCUGACCAACAAGCUGAUCAAGCAGGACAAGAAGUUGAUUCUCAGCUUCCUGGAGCGCCGCCUGAACGCGGGAAUCCCGUCCAGCCGGUCCGAGGACUGGCAGCCGCUGAUGGCGUACAAAAACUCGCUGCUCCACGGCGAAACGGACCAGCUGCCGCCGGCCACUGCCGCGAAGCGGGCCUACUCGCGCAAGAAGAAGGACUAUGACCGCGAGGACGACGAGGAGGAACACGACGACGAGGACGAUGCGGAUUACGUGGCGUAAGUUUGAGUCGGCCGCCGGAUGUGAGUAUUUUA